AUGGCCAAGUGGACGUACCUCCUCUCAGUAGGAUUACUGACAGCCACAAAAUGUCAGCUCGCCAACGCCAAUGACGACAACAUCGUUGUUGUGUCUACGAGAUCCCACAUACCUGUCUUCGAACCCGCCCUUCCCACCGACGACGGUCUCAUCAGAGAUCUCUGCGAUUUCACAGCAAAACUCGUCGCUGAUCAUUUGACAAUCAAGCCCCUUCAACCGCGAACGCAAUGGCGUCCAAGAGGACACUGCUGGUACUGCGAGGCAAUGGGUCUGACUAACGAGGAGGCUGUUAAUUCGGCGCUUUUGACGGGUGGGACUAAUACGGCGGUCCACGAGCAAGGGGAGAGUGGUCAUCGCGAGUGGAUGGCCGCGGCCGGCUCUGAUUCCGAUGUUAAAACAGAGGAUGCAGAAGUUGUCGUCGUCUCUGAUGACGCCGCCGCGACGGAGGAUACAGAAACUGCCCUCAACCCCAAUCUCGAUACGCUAGCAGAGGGUGCAGAGGACGAGUCAGGUGAAGGUGGCCACCAAGAGUGGAUCAGCGCUCUCGACUCCGAUUUUGAGACUACGACAGAAGUUGCAGCAGAGCCAGAGGCGCUUGCUCAACAAGAAGACUCUCAUCCUCAGAUCAAGUCUCGAGAGGAAACUUCAAAUGCUGUAUUUCGACAAAAGUGCAAAGGUUGGUGCUGCAAAAAUCCCGCGGCCAAAACCUGUGGCGGCUUUAAAAGCCGAGAGGUUGUCAUUCCAAAGAUCGACCUUCAUAAGCGGCAGAAGCGAUGUCCAUUGAAUCCUCCAUUCUGUCAAGCUAUCCAAGACAUGGGCAUGACACCAGACACUGAUGUCGAUCUCGCCACAUGGGAAAGUCUUGGUGCUUUCGCCAUGGCAGCUCAGGAGCACAGCACCCUUUCAACGAAACGACAACAGUGUCCUUUGGUCAGUCCACUUUGUCAAGCCAUCGAGGCUUCAGGAAUGAGGCCAGAAACAGAUCUUGACCUCGCAUCAUGGGAAACUCUUGGUGUAUUUGCCCUUGAUACUGAGGCAAAGAAUACAGCUCGCGCUCUACCGAAUGCUGCUGAUGAGGAUGCUAGUCCUAAUUUCCCUCCAAGACCACCACCCAAGACCAUUCCUGGAAAGCCAAAUGAGCCGAAACCUCCGGGAGCUUUUGGAGGUGAUGAAGAUGCAACCAACGUUGAUGAGCGCGCUGUUGAGACUGUCAGUGAGGGCGCUCAACAUGGAUCUAACACGCUGCCAACUCUUGCGGAGUCUGUUGAUGGGAUCGAGAAGGCUGAGUUCAUUGUCAAUACACACGGUGCUAGUGUGCCACUUCAUGUUUGA